CUGGCGGCGCAUAGUUGAGUUUACUCGGGCGCGACGGACUUCAUUGAAGGUCCCCGUGAGCCGGUGGGUGCUGUAGGGAUAACUGGAAAGGGCACCUGGUUCUGUGGCUGUUCGGUGUUCGGGAGUCCCCCUGUCUGAGAUCGUGGCCCCCUUCGCCGGGCUCCGGGUGCUCUUCGGCAGCCGGUGCACUCCCGGAAGCUGUGGCAGCUGGUAACAAAGAGCUUGCCAGGCCGCUGCCGUCGGACUCUGCGGGGCCCAGGAGUCCGGUGUUGCUGCUGGGGGUGGGCGCGAGCCGGGCCAUGCGUCCAGGUUUGGGGCGGUGAGAGCCGGCCACCGGCGGCACAGGCGCUGGUUCGGGCGGAGAGGCCGGCGCCUCCCUCCUCGCUGCGCGUGGAGCUCCGGGCGCAGUUUUCCCGGGAAAACUGCUGCUGCUUCCUCCGGCGCAUCCUGGCCCUCCGCUCCUGGGGACCAGCAGACCAGCGCUCAGCCGCAGCUGCCCAAUCCAGGGUUUCUCUGCUGGACUCAGAGAACUCGACUCUUCUCCGAGGCGUCCUGAAGCUUUAUGUAAAGAAAGUGGGGAAGCCUGACUGGUUUUGUUUUUAAUAAAAAGUUUUUAUAAGUCUCCGUUUUCAGACAUUUUUGCAGAGUUUGAAGUAUUCUACCUCUUCGCAUCCUUUUUCCUGCUCCUGGAAUCCUUUUCCUCCUCGCUUAUAAAUAUUUUUUAACUACUGGAGCGGACCAAGGAUGAAUGUUUUGUAAUUGAACGUAGAGCUGUUAAAACCACGUCGAGAUAGUCAAGAUGGACAAAAAGUCCUUUGAGACGGUGCUGGAUGAAAUUAGAAAGGCUGUUUUGACAGAAUAUAAAUUAAAAGCAAUUGAAUAUGUGCACGGCUAUUUCUCUAGUGAACAGGUGGUUGAUUUACUAAGAUAUUUUUCCUGGGCUGAGCCUCAGUUGAAGGCAAUGAAAGCAUUACAGCAUAAAAUGGUGGCUGUUCACCCAGCAGAAGUGGUCAAUAUACUCAACUGUUUCACCUUCAGUAAAGACAAACUAGUUGCUCUUGAAUUGUUAGCUUCAAACAUUGUUGAUGCUCAGAAUUCUCGUCCCAUUGAAGAUUUAUUCAGGAUAAAUAUGUCAGAGAAGAAACGGUGUAAGAGAGUACUCGAACAGGCUUUCAAAGGAGGCUGCAAAGCUCCACAUGCAAUGAUAUCUUCUUGUGGUACCAUCCCAGGAAAUCCAUAUCCCAAAGGAAAGCCUAGUCGCAUAAAUGGAGUUUUCCCAGGAACCCCUCUGAAAAAAGAUGGUGAAGACUGUACCAAUGAGGGCAAAGGGAUAGCUGCCCGGAUUCUUGGACCAUCCAAACCACCUCCUUCAACUUACAAUCCACAUAAACCUGUUCCUUAUCCAAUACCUCCAUGCCGGCCACAUGCAACUAUUGCACCAAGUGCUUAUAACAAUGCAGGUCUGGUACCAUUAGCCAAUGUCAUAGCUCCAGGUGUACCCCCGCCACCUCCAUAUACUCCUAAUCCAGUAGGAACAGAAACUGAAGACCUUUCCAGUCAGUCAAAACCCACACAGAAUCAAACAUUUUCUACACCAGCAAGUCAACUCUUCUCUCCUCAUGGUUCCAAUCCUUCCACACCUGCUGCGACUCCUGUCCCCACUGCAUCCCCGGUCAAGGCCGUCAAUCAUUCAUCAACAUCAGCAACUGCUACCGUUUCUGGGAUGCACAUGCCAAAUACUGUCCUUCCUGUGUUCCCGGGACAGGUCUCCUCAGCCGUUCAUACACCUCAGCCAUCAACACCAAAUCCAACAGUUAUCAGAACCCCUUCAUUGCCUGCAACACCUGUUACAUCUGUGCACAGUACAACAUCUACUCCUGUCCCUUCAGUUUUUUCUGGCCUAGUUGCACUGCCAGGGCCUUCCGCUACUGCUACCCCAGGCCCUCAGGCCACAUCUACACCUCGGGCCACUCCUGCUUCCAAUGAAACAUUUACUUCUACUUCAGCCCCCUUCACAAGCCUCCCGUUUUCUGCCUCCUCUACUGCUGCUUCUACCAACAACCCAAAUUCUGCUUCAAUGUCAUCAGUUUUUGCAGGUCUGCCCUUGCCCUUGACACCAACAUCCCAAGGUUUAUCUAACCCAACUCCUGUAAUUGCCAGUGGUUCUGUUCCCAGUGUUGCUGGUCCACUUGGUGUAAAUAGUCCUCUUUUGUCUGCCUUGAAAGGCUUUCUGACAUCAAAUGAUACCAAUUUAAUCAACUCCUCUGCUUUAUCCUCUGCUGUUACUAGUGGGCUGGCUUCACUCUCUUCACUUCCUAAUCAAAACUCUGAUUCUAAUGUUUCAGCUCCUAACAAGGCCUAUACCCCCUCACCCUUUCCCACCUCACAGAGGUCUUCCACUCCAGGACUGGCCAUGUUCCCAGGCCUGCCAUCCCCCGUUGUCAACUCAACUUCCACUCCCUCGGCUUUGCCUGUACAGUCUCCUCUAGCUACUCCUACAUCGUCUUCGACUUCGGUGCCAGUUAGCUGUGGCUCCUCAGCUACCCUUCUUCAUGGCCCCCACCCAAGUAACCCAGACCUGCAUAUUUCAUCUACCCCUGCUGUAACGUCACUUCCUGUCAUGAUUAAAACUGAGCCCACGAGUCCUACUCCUUCAGCCUUCAAAGGUCCAUCUCAUUCUGUGAAUCCUUCUCAUGGCACUUUAGGUUUGUCAGGGACUUUGGGUCGUGCAUAUACUUCCACGUCAGUGCCCAUUAGUUUAUCGACUUGCCUUAACCCUGCAUUAUCAGGUCUCUCCAGUUUGAGCACUCCCUUGAAUGUUUCAAAUCCUCUGUCCUCUAUUUCCCUUCCUCCACAUGGAUCCUCCACUCCCAUCACUCCAGUAUUCACAGCUCUGCCUCCUUUUACUUCUUUGACCAAUAAUUUCCCUUUAACUGGCAACCCGCCUCUUAAUCCAUCAGUAUCUCUUCCAGGUUCACUGAUAGCCACCUCAUCUGCAGCUGUCACAUCCGCAUCGCUCCCUCACCCCAGUUCCACAGCUGCUGUUCUCUCAGGGCUUUCUGUAUCAGCUCCAGUUUCGGCAGCACCUUUCCCCCUCAAUUUGUCAACUGCCGUCCCCUCGCUGUUUUCAGUUACUCAAGGACCUCUGCCAUCAUCAAAUCCUUCCUACCCGGGCUUUUCUGUCUCUAACACCCCCAGCGUUACCCCUGCUCUCCCCUCGUUCCCGGGGCUGCAGGCACCAUCUACAGUUGCAGCAGUCACGCCUCUACCUGUGGCCGCGACAGCCCCGUCACCAGCUCCUGUCCUCCCAGGCUUCGCUUCAGCCUUCAGCUCCAAUUUCAACUCUGCUCUUGUUGCUCAAGCUGGCUUAUCAUCUGGACUUCAAGCUGCAGGCAGUUCUGUUUUCCCAGGCCUUUUGUCCCUCCCAGGGAUCCCUGGGUUUUCCCAGAAUCCUUCACAGUCAUCUUUGCAAGAAUUACAACAUAAUGCAGCUGCACAGUCAGCAUUGCUACAGCAGGUCCAUUCAGCCUCAGCUCUGGAAAGCUACCCAGCUCAGCCGGAUGGGUUUCCUAGUUACCCUUCAACACCAGGAACACCAUUUUCUUUGCAACCAGGCCUGUCUCAAAGUGGGUGGCAGUGAAUAUAUUUUAAUUUUGUAUUCUCCUUCGGAGCAACAACGGAAUUGCCUAAGGACUGCAGCGAACAAUCUGACAAAUGUGAAGUUGGCCAAAAGUCAGAAGUAAGAAUGAGGAUAAUCCUAGGGAAAUUGGGAUAAGGGUUUUAAAAUCAUGAUUGCAUUUUUUAAUGGUUUUAAGUAUGAACUCUCCCCCUUUGUAAAUAUGCUGACAAUAAAUUGUAUGGAGAAUAGUAUUAAAAAAAAAUGUUUGGGGAUUUUUCACCUCCUAUCUAAUGAAAUUUUGAGUUGUGUAUGUGAUCUAUGUAGGAAGAAUAUUAAAGAGGAGCUUGAACUCUUUAUAGCCGAAUACAGCCUUAAAUCUGCUUGUAUAGCAUCCACUGACAGAGUAAUAGUUGUGCCUCAGACUUCUGGGUAGCAUGUGGCCCUAGGGGAGUUACUACUCUUGAUAUGCAUGAGUAGUUCCUACAAGCAUCAUUGGAACUUAGUAUUCCAUAUGUAUCCACAAAGGGAAAUUGAGACCACCAGUUAUUUUUAACUUAUGAUACUAAUCAUCAUAAUAUAUACUGCUGAAUUUAACUCAGUAUAUUUCAGGUAAGUGAAAAUGGUGCUUCAUGUAGUCUUUAGAAUGACUUUCAGGUGUUUUUGACUAAAAAUAUAUAUCCAGAACUCCUUUCUUACAGAAAUACAAGUAAGGCUUCUGAAAAUAUGCCUUCAGAAUUUAUUUCUUGCUUCAGCAGUAUCCAAAUGAGGAACAUAUGAUUGACUCUUGGGCCACCUCUAUUACUCGUACUAUGGAAGCUCUUGGUGAAUGUUUACAAUCAUGGGAUGUAGUAUUUCUAUUUGUAUUUAAAGGCAAAACUUAUCUAAAAGAAUUAUGUGACAACAAAUAGAGAAGAUUUGCUCUGUUAGUAAAUAUGCAGUGUGUGCUCUAUUUAAGAAUCUGUGGUAGUAUAAUAUGAUUGAAUGUCAUUAAUUUAAGUAUAAUAACUGCCACAUUUGGGAGGGUGGGGAGUAGGGAGAAUGAUUUCCGAUCCUGUGAUUUAAAAGUGUAAACUAUAGAAUCUACUGUAGUACAUUUCAGCAUCUAGAAGUUUUACUUUUAUAAAGAUGGUGUCUGGAAGAUGUUGCUAAUGUAUUUUCCUUCAACGAGGGGAACAAACUUUUUAAGUAUAUUAAUAAAUAUUCCUGUAUGGUUAGUUUUUAACAGUUUUUUAAAAUAAACUUUAUGGAUAUGACAA